CUGGGACUUGAGUUGAGCCAAACAGUCGCGUUGCUGCUCCGCCAGCAGGGAAACGAACGGAGGGACCUGAGGAAUCUCAGUAAAUCUCUACCUGUAAAGACGCAACAGGCGCCUUGCCAGUAGUUCUACACGGAAAGAUUGAGCAACGAUAGCGGGAUGCUGGGGCUGCUGCUCUGCCUGCUUAUCGCAUCAGUUGGCUGCAACACAAGACUACGACUGGACAGCCAAUUUGAGGAAAGACAAGCGGCAGGUGGGGUUGCCUUGACAACCAGGCCUCUCAUCUAUUACUGCCGCUCGCCCAACAUGGUGGUGUUCACCUGCUGGUGGCAUCCGCUCGCCAACCUGACGGAAGGGGAGGAGGUCAACUACGUGCUCACCUAUUCCAUAGACAAGGAGCCUAAAGGAGAGUGCCCGGACUAUAAGAGUGCUGGUGUCAACAGUUGCCAUUUUGACGCCAGCCACACAUUCGUAUGGAACAUCUACUGCAUGAAGGUCAAGGCUGUCACGGCACGUCAAAACUUUACUUCACCAGAACACUGCUUUGAUGUGGCCGACAUUGUUAAGACCGAAGCACCCAUCAACCUAACGUAUGAACUGAUGGAGGCCGGCGGGGACGAAAUGGGUCACGACGUGUUGCUGUCUUGGUCCUACCCGAGACCUGUGGACCUCCAGUACGGCUGGAUCACGCUGGUGCACGAGCUGAAAUACAGACGAGUUAGCGAGCCUGAUGAGUGGAAGUUCAAAGAGUCACUGCGAGAGCCUAAAGUCCAACUGCUCGGCCUUCCCAACGACGACUACGUGAUACGGGUGCGCUGCCGCUCGCAUAAUUACGGCCUCUGGAGCAACUGGAGCCAGCCGUUGAUGAUGAGCAUUCCCUCCCAGGCGCCAGCAGCAGACAAACUGCUGGUUCUGAUUCUGGUGACGAGCAUCAGCAUCGUGGCGCUGCUGGCCAUCGCCAUGCGUCUCUCGCCACAAUGUGUCAGAGUGAAAGACUACUUCUUGCCACCUAUUCCAAAACCGCGCAUUAUUGGCAUUGACUCGCUGCUUUUGAAGGAGCUGGAUGAGGUUGCUGAAGGCAGUGGAUCCCUCAUCAGCUGGGGGAAGAGCACAAUUGGUUUUGCUAACAUGGCGUCUGCCAGUGAGAGCGACGAUCAGACGGUGCCAAACGGUGAGGAUGAGGACAACAGUAUCCAGGGGAUUCAGUCUCGUUACCUGCGCUGUUCGUCACCCAGCCUUUCCAUGAUGUCAGAGUCCAGGUUUUCCGCCAUCUCUGGCUCAGAUGCCGCCAGUAUCUUCAUGGAGCCUAUUCACUUGUCAUCCGCCGUUGCCGCAAAGAAGAUCAUCAACGAAGCAGAACUGCCGCCUCGAGGUGUCCGCACAGAGUCCAUCCCGGAGUCCAUGCUUGAAACAGCAGAGCAGCUGAUGGUUGAAGAUCUCUACAACCGAGUGCGGGACAUGAUUGAUGACCGCAGUCCCUACAAUACUCCAUGUGUGCUGGACAUCCAGAGGGCAAUGGUUCAGGAUCGCCUGGAGCCACCGAGCCAGCCUGUGGAUGAAGUGUGGCCAAACAUCUUUAUUGCAGAGAAAUCUGUCGCCGUCAACAAAGCCCGCCUGAAGAGAAUGGGCAUCACACACGUCCUCAACGCUGCACAUGGCACAGGGGUCUACACUGGAGAAGCCUUCUAUUCUGGGAUGGGUGUUCAGUACAUGGGUGUAGAGGUUGAUGACUUCCUUGAUGCUGACAUCUCGCCACACUUUCGGCCCACCGCUGAGUUCUUGGACGAGGCUUUGUUGACCCACAAAGGCAAAGUUGUGGUAGUUUCAAUGAUGGGUGUCAGUCGCUCAGCCGUCCUGGUGGCAUCCUACUUGAUGAUCUUCCAGCACAUGACCAUUAUGGAGGCACUGACUGCAAUCAGGAAAAAGCGGCCGAUCAACCCAAACGAGGCUUUUCUUAAACAACUGCGACAGCUCAAUGAAGAUCUGUUGGAGGAACGUGAUGAUGACGAAACACUCAGCCAGUGUUCCGUUAUUGACGCACGCACUCGUGCUCGUAUCUUUGGCGAAGAUAACGAGACCGAUACGGAUGAAGCGCAAAGCAUGAUAGAGGUGAAAGCUAACUCCAUUAUGAUGGAGGAGGAGGAGGAUGGCAAUAGUGUGAUGAGCACCGUGGCCUCUUCUGCAGCCGCUGAGGAGCUCCGUAGCAGACCCAGAGACCUGGAAAUCCAACCUUCAUGUGGUGUUCAUGAGAAAUCAGUCCUGCCCGAGCAGGUGGAGCGUGGAGAAGAUGUUGAGGAUGAAGACGGUCUUGAUAGAAUGAUCCACGAGUGGCAGCGCAGGAACGAGCAGUACCAAAGUGAUGAAUGGUGGGAGGCGCAGCUAAACAGCGACGACGAGAAUGGGGCACCUGCUGACGCCGAUGUGGAAAGCGUCACCAGCGAAGACGUUCGAGCCCUCAAGGAACGUUUAAAGCGCCGCAACAGACAUCCUCCUUCUGAUGCAGUGUCUACCUCGAGCUGCACCAGUUAUGCCGACCUCUGGAAACAGAGACUACAGGAGAUCGAGGAAGAGGCUUCUGCUCGCUAUCGGAAAAAGGAUGACAAGGAGGGCCAGGAAAGUGAUGGUAAACAUCAACAAGAGAGCAAGAAAAAGAUAGAUGAUGAGAUGGAGAGCAUCCUUUCAGACAGUACGUCUAUGUACAACUUUUGCCAGAAGAACAAGGAGAAGAUGACACCCUUGGAGCGUUGGCGGGUCAAGAGGAUUCACUUUGGAUGGAACAAAAAGGAUCGUGAUAAUGGAGAGAAAAGUUCUGUUGGCGAUCAUGAGAAAAGCGAUGACGCGGAAGUGACGACUCCAUCCUUUGAAGAUGUCAACCUGACGGCCUAUCAGGCUUGGAAACGACGGCAGCAGAGGCGAUUCGGCGAGGAAAACAUGGAUGAGAUUCUGGAAAUGAGUCGGGGAGAGGACUCUGCAACUGUCAAACGGAGGCAAAGGCGGGAGGAGAUUCUGGAACGUUCUAAAAAGACGUUAGAAGAAAGUCAAUCUAUGUGUGGGUGGGAGAAUGAAAGCUGUGUAAGUGGCACUACCAUACCUCUCUCUGCCUUCUGGGCUGGAGCUGGAGUCACUGGAGCGCCCACUGUCGUAAACGACGACAACAUGUCAAUGAUCAGUGGACAAUCGUCCGUCCGAUCGUCUGCAUCGCAGGCCUGUAGUAUCAGAGCAUCACACGCUAGUUUCCAGCCUCCCCCCAUUGUCCCUGUCCCGACCGUCCAAGGUCCCUCUGGGGAACCGAUGGUAAACCUUGCUAGCAUUCAGAACUGGAUCGCUAAUGUGGUCUCUGAAACCAUCAAACAGAAGCAGAAUGAGAUGAGCCUACCUCCUCCCUCUCUCGCGAGAUCAGAUGUUAGCUUCGGUGCCCCAUCCAGUGUGAGUGCGAACCGUGUUGGAGAUGACGAUAAAGCAUCCAUGUUGAGCGGUCGGUCCUAUUGUAGUAGCGCGUCUCAGGGUCGUGGUCGGUUAGGGUCUGUUUUCUCAGCCGAAAGUUACAGUGAUGUCGGCACACGAGGGUCUAAAAAUAAAAUCACCACUACCAGCGUCCCUCUGUUCAGCCUUUUCCAGGACCAGGUCAACCUUGGCAAACUGGACGAAAUGGACAAAGAGAUUAAGUCUGACAUAAGAGGAAAGAUGGCGACUUAUGAGAAGAAGAAGAUCCUAGAAGACAACAAGCGGAGCACUUUGUACAAGAAGAAGAAAUCAAAGGAAGAUGAAGAUGAAGAGGAGGUAAAAAGGAAAGAGGAAGAAUUCCUUCAAGAAGCAAAGAAGAAGAAGCAGAAACCUGUGAAGACAUUUGGUCUCUCAGGAUGUCUGAACCUAAACCCGGCACUGGAGAACGACAAGAACACCAGCGUUGACGAGUGGCUGAAAAGUGUCAGACCUCCUCCCAGAAAAGCGGCAGCCACUACAGACGAAGAUCCUUACGAUGACCUUGAUGGCUCCGCCUCCCAGUUUGACUUCUCCAGCCGCAGGGUGUCGUGCGAUCGCGAGGAUGAUGACAACCACACAUUCAGCGGUGCCUCCAAUUACUUACCCCAGAUGCAUCCAUCUGAUGGCAAUGACAUUGACAACCACAGAAAAGCCAGCAGGUCGUACAACGAAAAUCAUGAUGUUAAUGAUCUCAUCUCCAGAAGAAAAUUUACAAAUCAUUCAGAAUACAAAAGCAAUGACACAGAAAGAGAGGGGCGGGAUUUGGGUGGUGACGAUGAAGAAGAGGACGUCGCGGCUUUCAUCGCCCAAACCAGGCAAAGGGCCAGGGCUCGAGCAGCCGCCGAAGAUCCGGACGAUGAGGUGCUCGCUGCUUGGAGGGCGCAGCUGGACGCCAAAAGGCAAGGUCAAUCUUAAAUCAUUUAACCAGGAAACAAAAGUACUGCUAUAGACUUCAGGUGGAGAAGCACCAUGACUUGUAAAGUAUGUAAAUGGAGGGUUGCACAUCAAUGUAAUGUAGUCUUCAAAUACACAAAUGUUGCUAACAAAAUCGUGCUCACGUCUUUGUAAUAAUAGAACACUACAGCUUUGCAAUAAAGAAAAAGAGAAAUGAUGACGUGGAUU